AUGGGAGAUUACUUCCAAGGUGACAUGAUCCUUCCAACAGAAACACGCAAUGGUGUUUUACAUCCUGAUUACCGCUGGCCAGGAGGCGUUGUGCCCUACGUAAUCGAAGGCCUAUAUCACGAAAAUGAAUUAGGAAAUCUCAAAGGUGCUUUUUAUGAAUAUCACAACAAGACCUGCGUGCGUUUUAUAGAGCGAACCACCCAAAGGGAUUACAUCUCGAUUGUUAGCUAUACAAAUGGAUGUUUUGCCAAGGUAGGCCGCUGGGGGGGCCGCCAGGAGGUGCAUUUGAAUUCGACUGGUUGCCUACAAGAUAUCGGCACUCCGGUUCACGAGCUGAUGCACGCCUUGGGAUUCUGGCACGAGCAGAGUCGCCCAGACCGUGAUUUAUAUGUACGAGUGAUAACCGAACACAUUAAAACCGACAGAGUGGAUAACUUCAGGAAGUACAGCUUCGAGGAGGUGACCACAUUCGGCGAGAAGUACGACUACUUCAGUGUAAUGCAUUACAGCAGCGAUGCCUUCUCAAAAUAUAAAGGUCUUCCAACGAUUGUGGCAUGGGACCCCAAUAUCACAUCCUUGGGUCAACGUACUGGUUUAUCCCCCACAGAUGUGCGCAAGAUCAACGCCAUGUACAAUUGCAGGGUUUAA